AUGUCUGAAUUGGAAAAAUUCAUCGGUGACUGUUUUCAGGAACUGGGCCGAAAUGACGUCUCGGCUGUUCAUAAUGGCCUACAGAAACUGGACAGUAUGAUAGCCGUUCUGUGCUCACGAUACUCUCUGUUGAUUUCCAAAAGGAGCACGCCUCCAGCGACGCGAUCUCGCAAAUCCACGUCCAAAGUGGAGACCCAAAGGUCUCAUAGAGCGGUAUGGAAAGUUCCCACGAUUGACGACGACGUUUUUGGCGAGUUUGUCAAGUUGCAAAAUGGGUUCGAACUCAACCUGGCCAGCGCGUUGCUCCAGACUCUUAGCAGGAUGAUCAUUAAUCCUGGAGAUUACCCUGCGGAAUCGAUGGUUUUGAUGCAUACCGUACUUCAGGGAGUUUUGUUGAUUCAUCCCCCUUCACGAAAUUUAUUCAGCCGCGAAUCCAAUCUCAAGCUUAUUUUGGAUUGCAUAGUUCCAGGAAAUCAACCUGUGGUGGUGAAGGCAGCGGUGCAAACUCUGGUUUCCUGCUUAGUAAGGUCCGUCCCGAGCAUUCGUACCUUUGAGAAGCUGAACGGACCUGAUAUUGUAUGCAGAUUAUUGAAGAAAUCGGAUCCAGCCGUGCCUAAAGAAGUCCAAGUCAGAGCACUUGAAUUUUUAUUAUUCUAUCUUGUGCCAGAGACAAAGUCAUUGAGAACGAGCCAGUCAGAGAAAGACACCACAGCGACGCCCAAGGUAGCCUAUGAGGACGGAUGUAUAAGGCGAAGCACCGAGGACAAAGCGUCAAUUUUGAGAUGUUACUUGCCGAAUGUUGACGAUCUGGUCAAGGAGCUUUACGAGAGCAAGCCUUUUGGCAAUAUGAACAUUGAGUGGUGA